AUGUAUCUAGAGGGGCAACCGUUUGUGUUAGUGACCGAUCACAAACCGCUGAAAUACAUUAUGGCUCUGAGUAAGCCCGUUCCAGUGACAGCAGCUGCCAGAAUACAGCGCUGGUGCCUUUCUUUGGGUGCUUUCCACUAUCAAAUUGAAUUCAAGACCACCCACCAACACGCAAACUGUGACGGUCUUUCCCCACUACCGCUAGAAACCGAAAAAAGCGGGACGGCGGAAGAGGAAGAUGAGAUUACGCUUCUCCAUGUCAGUAUCGUCGACAAACUGCCAAUCAGGGCCAAAGAUAUUCGACAAGCAACCCGAACUGACCUGGAACUGUCACAAGUAAUGGAACUGUUACAACAAGACUGGAGCACCAGUCCACAACAGCUGGAGGAAAAGCCGUUUUACAGCCGCCGGGACGAGUUAAAAGUACAGCAAGGAAUCCUUGUGCGUGGAGCUAGGGUCAUAGUACCUGCCAGUCUAAGACACUAUGUAUUGGAGACACUGCACGAAGGCCAUCUUGGUAUAGUGAAAACUAAAGGCGUCGCCCGUUCAGAUUAA